GACAUGGAUUCAAAACGGUGUUGGUGUUGGGGGACGGCACGUGCAGUUAAUUCAAAAUAAAUUAGAAGACACUUUUACCCUUACACUGCCCUGAAUUCUGAAAUUCUCCCCACUCGGCAGCAACUCCUCUCUCUCUCUCUCUCUCUCUCUCUCUCUCCUUCUUCUUCUUCGGGUGAUGGAUCGUGCGCAGCUUCUUCUGUUUGGGUUGCCGAUCUUCAUUUUCUUCUCGGAUCUUGUAGGCAUCUUCACGCCACCGCAAUCAUUGCCUCCAAAAUCAAACCACAAUCACCACCAUCUCCAUCAACAGCGUCCCCAACCCCAUCUUGGCGUCUCACAGACCCUAAAUUUUCCUACACAGAAAGCGAGUGGCUUUGGAGGAAUCGGCGUAGGCAACACCAUCAACAUUAAUUUCUGCUCUUCUUGUUCCUACAGAGGAAAUGCAGUAACAAUGAAAAAUAUGCUGGAAACUUCAUUUCCUGGAAUUAAUGUUAUUCUUGCAAAUUACCCACCUCCACUUCCAAAACGCGUAUUGAGCAGAGUGGCUACAAUUGCUCAAGUAGCAAUUUUUGGAAUUGUAAUGGCAGGUGAACAAAUUUUCCCCAUGAUAAGAAUUAUGACACCACCUCCUUGGUACUACUCAUUGCGUGCAAAUAGAUUUGGAACCAUUUCAACAACUUGGCUUCUUGGAAAUGUAAUUCAAUCCUUCCUCCAAAGUUCUGGUGCUUUUGAAGUAUACUGCAAUAGUGACUUGGUUUUCUCCAAGCUUAGGGAGCAAAGGUUCCCUGGUGAAAUUGAGUUGAAGGAUAUUAUUGGGAAAAGGCUCAUUAGCUCAAGCAUUGUGAAUGGCCCUGCAGAAAAUCUCUGGUCGUAAUGCCUUUUGAGAACUACCACUAAUUUAAUUGGAGGUGCCAAUGAGAUAAACAGAGAACUUGCUGCCAAGUUGUAGAAUUGAAGAAUUGAGCGGCAGUGUUACUCAACGAAACAGAUUGCACCAAUUAGAUGCACCGAAUAGUUCUAACAUUCUCUACAUCUAUGUCAGUUAUAUUGAGCAAAAAGAAAAAGGAAAACAUCUGCCUAACCGUAGAGGCAAGGCAUUUCACUGCAGAUUAGUAAUUCUUUUUUGUACCGCUGGAGAUUUGUAUUAUGACCUUUUUCAUAUCAUUCUUCUGUGACAAACUCCUUAGGUUAUGUUUGAUCUGUCAAA